GUAAGUGACAUGAAUUGUGUCAGCAAUGGCAGAUGCAACUCCAUUAGUAUUUUGACGAGACCUACGAUCUUUACUUGCCAAACACACCUAAUGAACUUUGUUCAUCGUGUAAUUUUCGAUUAAUAUUAUCAUCAAAUAUUAUUCCAGUUCUCUAAUAUGAGUACUACAAGGGAACAAGCUGGACCAUCUAAACCAUGGGAUUCUACUGCAGAAGAGAAAGAAAAGGAUAAUCGAACAUUUGAAUGCAAUAUUUGUCUUGAUACUGCAAAAAAUGCAGUUAUUAGCAUGUGUGGUCAUUUAUUUUGUUGGCCUUGUCUGCACCAAUGGUUAGAGACACGUCCAACAAGGCAAAUGUGUCCUGUCUGUAAAGCUGCAAUUAGCAAAGAUAAAGUUAUUCCAUUGUACGGACGUGGAGAUACAAGGCAUGAAGAUCCAAGAAAUAAUGUUCCACCACGUCCUGCUGGGCAAAGAACAGAACCCGAAAAUAAUAUUGGAUUUUCUAGUUUUGGUUUUGGAGAUGGUUCUUAUAUGUCAUUUGGUAUCGGGACAUUUCCAUUUGCAUUCUUUACAUCUACUUUUAAUUUUGGAGAAACUCGACCAAGUGCAGCUGCUAGAGGAACACCACAAUAUGAAGAAGAACAAUUCCUUUCAAAAGUAUUUCUAUGGGUGGCUUUGAUAUUUGUUUGUUGGCUCUUGAUGGCGUAACAUUUUGUUAAACCAUAUUAUUUGCUCCGUAUCUUGUAAACCUGCACCACUUGCUGAAUUGAUUCAUUACAUUUUUAUUAAUACAUCGAUCUUUCCUCGUUUGUGUAAUCGUUGUUACUCGCUACAGUAACUCUAUCUGCUUGAAUAAACAAACGGAUUUUGUUAUAAGUGUAAUAACAUUUUUACUUGUAUAUACACUUUAUUUUUAAUUUUUUGUGAUUAUAAUGAUUAGUUUAAAUGAUUAGUUUAAAAUAAAAGAAAUAAACUUAUUAUCUAAAUGUAAUAUCACUUAUUAAUAUCACUAUUGUUAUUAAUCAUGUAAAAAUAAUAUAGGUUAUUUUUUUUAAUUGUAUUUUAUAUAAACACGUAUAUUCAAGCAGGUAAAACUUUUCUGAUUUUAGAAUUUUUGAGAUAUUAAACCAUUUAUUCUUAUAAUAUUUAUGUAUAUAAAUAUAAAUAUUAUCACUUUUAGACUUAUAAGAUAUAUAUCAUAAGAUAUAUCUAUACAUUGCAUAUAUGAUUAGUUUAAAAUAAAUCUAUUAGAUUUAUUAUA